GCAACCAACUAGCAGCUACAAAUCCAAGAUGGAGGCGAUUGUGGAAGAAACUGUGUCGGUGGACGAUUUAAAGAAGUAUGAGCACGCCUACAACAGUGAGUUGGCAAGAGGUAGAGUGUCUGGACGGACUCAGUUCAACUAUGCAUGGUGCCUGAUUAGAAGCCGCUACACCAACGACCAGAAGAAGGGGGUAGCCCUACUGGAAGAACUUUUGCAUGGAGGCAACCCUCAGGUUCGCCGUGACUAUCUGUUCUAUCUUGGCGUUGGCUACUACAGGUUAAAGGACUACACCAAGGCUCUUAAGUAUGUACAAGGAUUGCAGCAGAUUGAACCUAACAACACACAAGCCAAGGAUCUAGAGCAACUUAUUAAGAAGAAAAUGAAUAAAGAAGGCCUUUUGGGAAUUGCAAUCGUUGGUGGGGCAGUGCUGGCCAUUGGCAGUCUGGUAGGAGCUGGCAUAGCGUUAGCCAAAAAAUGAAAAAAAAAACACUGAGAAAAGCGUAACGUGAAAUGGACCUCUGCAAAAGAUAUCUGUUUAGGGAUGCCAAAAUAACAAUGUGUUGUGUGCAUGGUGAUGGACUGUACUGGACAAUAGAGGGCGCUAUACAUUGCCAGUGCUCAGCUAUGAAUAUUUCUAAAGAAGUUGGUGAAUUACUGGUGUACAUGUAUUGUUAAAAUGCUGUACCAACCGAGUUGGAUGCUGUACUGGCGGAUAGAAUGACUACGCUACAUGUGCAAAAACUUCUUGGUUUACUUGACAUACUCUAUAGCAUUUACACAAGUGUUGGUCUGUUUGUACAUCAAGACUGUAGCAACACGGUGCACCAGCCUAGUGUGUCACCAACCAAGCAAGACCAACAAACGAAAUCAAGCAGGGUUAUACUGGGGUGCCUGUGUGGCUGGAGAUUCUGUCCCCCCGGAGAUUGUGUCCCCUGGUACAGCGAUUUGUGUACUUUUGAAUCGUCCUCAUUCAGCACAUGUUAACUUACAUGUACCAUAAGGGGGACAGAAUCAUUGGGGGACAGAUUUCUCUAUGACAGCUACUUGUAACUCUUGACGCAGUGCCAGAUCCAGAGUUCUGUUUUCCUGCUCUUAAGGUGUAGCUUAAAUGAGCGUCGGAAGGAUAAGGGCCCAUCCCAAUGUCAUGGUUCUGCUUACAGUAAGCAAAGAACUGGCAUUGAUAAAAGCAGGGAAUGCGACACUUACGCCAAGCGUUUUUCACAGGUUUAGGAGGGAAAUUUAGAGUGUGCAUACUCCCAUCGUACAAGGCAUUUUUCGCCAACAAAGCUAGCGCAGAAACUCUGCAUAUUAAGGGGACAAUAGUGAUUGUUGGAGCAGAAUUCAGCGGUAAGCAGAGUCAUGAAAGUGAGCCGAAGGUUUCAGCCUUGCUUUGGAAAAUCAAACUAAAUUUAGGGGCAAGGAUUGGCGAUUUUAUUCACCAGUUAUAGUAGGAUUUGAAACUUUGCAUGGUGGCAAUGAUAAUUAGGUGAGGUUUGCGGAGCACCAUGUGUAAAUCUU